CUCUCUGGGAACUUUUCUGCAAUGCAGAGACGAUUGACAGGGAUUUGAACGUCUUUCGUUCAGGCGCACUCUUCCUUGCUAAGUCCGUCGACUUCUCCACGAUCCCCGCGUCAAAGCGGCGAGAAAAGCUACAAAGUCCGGGGUACGGACCAGCCACAACGCUACAUCAAACGCGGAAAAGACCCUGACGAUCGCUCACUCGCCGCCCCUGAGGAUUUUGUCCACCGCCUCCCAGACCCGCUGUGUUGUUCUUUAAAGUACAUUCCCAUCGCGCCUUCCCCGCGUUUUCGCUCCUUCCUUCACUCAAGACUCACUCGCUGUCAACCACAACACUCACUUCACAUUCGUACCUGUCGUUGCAAGAUCACAAAAGCAAAUUAAAUCAUCAAGCCACCGUCGCUAUAUAAACCGCACUACACACCGCCAUCUCCUCACUCCAUACUACAACCACAAUCACAACCAUGUUCCCCCGCAUCCUCACGCGUCUCCCCGCCGCCGCGCGCGCCGUCCGCUACAACUCCUCCAGCUCCUCGAGCCCUGCGGCGCGCGUCAUCGAAAUGGCAGCCCGGGCUGAGCGACCGACCACCGCAGAAAUCUCCGUGCCCCUCCUCUGGGCCGCGACAGCUGGUCUCGCUUUCACAGCGUGGAACCGCAUGGACGAGCGUGGUGCAGCGGGGAAUGUGGAGAAGCUGCUUGUUGUUUAGACGGGUGUUUAUCUUUAAGCUUGGUGUUUGGGAUGAAGGGACUGGGUUUGGCGUAUAGUUAUGGGAGCGAUAGAACGCGAUAGACUGCGUACUCGUUCUUUUCGGGCCGGCGAUAUGGCGCUUACGCAUAGAUAUGUUUUGCGUUGUUGGGUAUGGGUGUCGAUGGAAAUGGUUAUGAAUACGGAUACGUGCAUAGGCCAUCGGUAUCUGGUUAUGGGAUAACGCGUAUUUGGCGUUUCGAUGCUUUGGCCAUCUAAUCCACAUGCCCAUUUUCUUCACAUCUUCGCCUUUCUUUCAUGUGAGAACCGUCAAUACUGGCUUGUUUGUACCCUAUUACAAGGAAAACAUCACGUGGU